AUGAGCUACUGGGAAGGUGUUAGCGGGGGCUGCACAACUGGUUUUAGCAUUUACCGUCCCACUAUCAAACUUCCCCUAGAUGAACUUUUAGGUGAGGAGUACGACGGCGAAGACGACCAAAUGGCUGACGCCCCCAUCGAGCAACUAGACGAUACAAAGGAGGAUGGCAACAGCAACAGUAAUAAUGUCCCCACCCAACCUGAGGGCGAGUCCCUCCUUGGCGGGUCUGCUUCUGCUGAACAAGACAUUCUCAUGAGCGAUUCUCGUCAGCAGCAGCAACCACAGCCAUCUACUCCUGAUCUGUUCCCAGUCCCGCAAGUUCCUUCUCACUCUCAUACUCACGCUCAAUUGCACCCGCGUACUCGUGGCAAGGACCAUUCCAGCAAGAUGCCCACAAACUGUCCUGUACUAACUGUACAAAUGUCUGCCACUAAGAAGACUGGUAAAGCUGGACGGCGUGCUUCUGGGAGUGUGAAGAGUCCCUCGUCUGCUGCUCCCUCAGCACCUGCUCUCAAGCACUCUGCUGCUGCGAGCGCGAAACAUACUGCAACUGCGACAGUGCCUGCUUCUGCUACCGCAACAAGCCUUAAUCCACUUCUCACCUUCGUCCUGCACCUUCGUCCUGUCCCUUUGUCUCACACCUUCAUCCUGCGCCCUUUGCCUUGCACCUUUUGUCUUGCACCCUUAUCACGUCGAAUAGCUUUUGUGUACAUUACAUGUAUAUAA